AUGCGAUUCUCUCGUUCCGCCAUCGCGGCCGGUCUGGCUACCGCCGCCACCUUCAUUUCUGCUGAGGCCUCGACGUCGUCUGACGUUCUUGUGCUCGGCAAAUCCAACUUCACCGAGAAUGUUCAGAACGAGCCUCUGAUGCUCGUCGAAUUCUACGCCCCUUGGUGUGGUCACUGCAAGGCACUCGCCCCCGAGUACGAAAAGGCUUCCACCGAGCUGCUUGCAGACAAGAUCAAACUUGCUAAGGUCGACUGUACCGAGGAGAACGAGCUGUGCGCUGAGCACGGUGUCGAGGGUUUCCCAACGCUCAAGGUGUUCCGCACAGGCUCCUCGUCAGAGUACAACGGCAACCGAAAGGCCGACGGUAUCGUUUCGUACAUGAAGAAGCAAGCCCUCCCCGCGCUCUCUGAGUUGACCGCAGACAGCUACGCUGACUUCAAGUCCAAGGACCGUGUUGUCGCCAUUGCCUACCUCGACUCUUCGGACAAGGCUCACCUCGACGCCGUCAACGCUGUCGCCAACAACCUGCGCGACAACUACCUAUUUGGUGUUGUUCACGAUGCAGCGGUUGCCGAGAAGGCCGGUGUCACUGCGCCCGCCUUUGUGGUCUACCGUCAAUUCGACGAGCCCGAGGUCAAGUUUGACGGCAAGUCGUUCAACGAGGAGGCCAUUACCAACUUUAUCAAGGCCGAGUCGAUUCCUCUGAUCGACGAGCUGAAUGCCGAAAACUUUAUGAGCUACGCCGAGUCGGGUCUUCCGCUCGCCUACCUGUUUGCUGACCCCGAGUCCAAGGACCUCAAGUCGACCGUCGAGUCGCUCAAGUCGCUGGCCAGGGCCAACAAGGGCAAGCUCAACUUUGUGUGGAUUGACGGUGUCAAGUACUCUGCGCACGCCAAGUCGCUCAACAUCCAGGGCGAGGACUGGCCCGCUUUCGCCGUUCAGGACAUUGAACAGAACCUCAAGUUCCCCCUUGAGGACCUCUCCGGCGAUCUUGUCGCCAAGGUGACAGACUUUGUUUCCCAGUACACUUCGGGAUCGCUCAAGCCUUCGGUCAAGUCGGAGCCCAUCCCCAAGGACCAGGAUGGACCCGUCCACGUCCUUGUCGCUGACGAAUUUGACGCUGUCAUCGGUGACGACAGCAAGGACAAGCUGGUUGAGUUCUACGCUCCGUGGUGCGGACACUGCAAGAAGCUCGCCCCCACCUACGACACCCUGGGUGAGAAGUACAAGGCACACAAGGACAAGGUGUUGAUCGCAAAGAUGGACGCUACCGCCAACGACAUUCCCCCCUCGGCUGGUUUCCAGGUGCAGUCAUUCCCCACCAUCAAGUUCCAAGCGGCCGGCAGCAAGGACUGGAUCGAGUUCACCGGUGACCGCUCGCUCGAGGGCUUUGUCGACUUCAUUGCCCUUAACGGCAAGCACAAGGUUUCGGUCGACCUCGAUCCGAUCAACGUUACCGAGCAGGCCGCCCCCGCCAAGGAGGCUCCUCACCACGAGGAGCUAUGA